AUGUUGAAGUCAAUCUGUACCAGCUCGCUGCUCCUACUGAGCACGGGCUUGAUCUCCACGGGCUCCGCGUCCCAGGAGGCGCAAGUCCACCUCACCGCUGGAGCCAAGCAGCAUCAAGUCGACCCGGCCAUUCUUGCUGCCUUGGAGAAGUACCCAGACCCUGUUGAUGCGUUUAUUGCGCUGCAUCCCGAGGCUGCUGAACAGCUGGCCGAGCCGCGCUUGCUGCGCGUUUUUGGCGAAUCGAGCGCCCAAUGGAUGACAGAAGGAGACAAGAUGCGCCUCAAACGCCAGGGAAAGCAAUUCACCGAUAUUACUGGCCACGAGGACUUCUACAAGGAGCAAGUCAACAUACUGGCUGGCAAAGCUCACUUGCCCAAGCUCAGCCAUCAUGGACUAGUGAAGCCCUUGUUGCCUCUUGUCUCUACUGAUAAGAUGCACGAUGUCCUCAAGCACAUGACAAGCUAUUAUACACGAUACUUUAACAGUGUCACUGGCGAGCGAAGCUCGCAAUGGCUUUACGAUCAUAUUGCCGAGAUCAUCAAGAAUGCCCCGUUCCAUACUCACAUAUCUCUCGAGUUCUUCACCCAUACAUUCCCCCAAUCUUCAAUUAUUGCUCGAUUUGAGCCUAAGGUGAGAGAUUUCUCGCAGCCGUUGACCAUUAUUGGCGCGCACCAGGAUUCCAUGAACUACCUGUUCCCGCUACUUCCUGCUCCGGGUGCAGAUGAUGAUUGCUCCGGUACAGUGAGCAUUCUCGAAGCUUUCCGCGUUCUCGCAGAGAGCGGAUUCGUCCCCACUAAUGGACCGGUUGAGUUCCAUUGGUACGCUGCCGAGGAGGGCGGUUUGCUGGGCAGCCAGGCCGUUGCGCGAUAUAAGAAGGAAUCUGGAGCUAAAAUCGGCGCCAUGAUGGAGUUUGAUAUGACCGCGUUCAUUGCAAAGAAUGCUACCGAAUCCAUUGGAUUCAUCGAGACCGAGGCGGAUGCGCCUUUGACGAAGUGGGCGGCGGCUCUGGCCAAUGAAUACAUUUCCAUCCCUGCCGAAAUCUUCACGCUUCCUGCUGGUGCUGGUUCGGACUACAUGUCUUAUACACAGCUUGGCUAUCCCGCUGCCUUUGCCUCGGAAGGCAACCCGGCUGCUGGUGAAUACGACUCGUAUAUCCAUACUGACAAGGACACAAUGAACGUCGAUGAUGAGACUGGGAUCUUUUCUCUGGAGCACAUGGCACGAUUUUCUGAGCUUGCCAUUGCGUUCGUCAUCGAACAGGCUGGCUGGAACAACAAGUGGAGGUAA